AUGAUCUUUGAUAAGAGUACUCGUGUUCUUGAUCUUGACCCUAAUGGUCCUUCUGCAUUGGUUGCAGCAUGCCAUGCAACUCUCCACAUCGAAGUUCUUGUAAUCUGGGCAUUGCUCGUUCAGAUCGUCAUGGUCAAUACAAGCACAGCAGUCGCCACUGAAGGUCGAGAAGGUCGAAGCGUAGGUCCCAAUAUCACCCUAAUUGUUCAGGUUCUAUGGACCAUUUACCUUGGUUUUAUUACUUUGGAGCACAACCUCAUAGAUUGGAAAGCCUACUUCGAUAUUUUCAUCGGACUAAUCGCACCUUUUUCUCUGCUGUGUGCCAAAAUAGUGCUAGAAUAUUAUGCAUUUGAAAAGGCACGGCGGUCCUUUGCACUAGGACGCAAUCCUGGACUCACUUUUGUUUACAUGGAGAAACUACGAGUACAAGAAGCGACUCAACAAAGUGAACCACUAGUAGGCAGCGAUGCACCUCCUCCUCCACCACCACUUUUGGUUAUCAGAGAAGAGGAAAAACAAGUGGAGAUUCAACCUCGUGGGUAUGCGUUCAAGGAUGACUCAGGGACAGUUUUGACGACCAAUAAUGGUAUAGUGACAUUUGACAGAAUUUAUUGGCAAUUGGAUAGCACGCUUCCGAUCCUAAGUCCACAACUCAAAGGUUUAUGUUUGUCCUUUGCACUGUUCAAGUUGUUGCGGUGCAGAUUUGCUAGGUACAGGCUCACUAAUGCUGGCUCUACAGGGACCCUCACAUUUUUCCGGAGCUUGUCGCUACAGUCUGGAGAACAUGACAGGAUAUAUAGGGUCAUCAUGGAUGAACUUUCUUUUGUUCAUGAUUACUAUUACUCGUCCCUCCCGAUCUCUUAUGCUAAGUGUCGUCUACCCAUCUUGAGUAUCUUGCUCUCACUCUUGAGCAUAGGCUAUUGCAUCUUGUUAGCUCUAACUGCCGGCGAAAAUCUUCAAGUUUUGGCUAUGAGGAGGCAACUUGACUGUAACAUAUGGUGGAUUCACGAUCGCUUGGUAACCGACUGUACACGUUAUUCUAUUGGAACAUAUUUUAUCGACAUGGCAUUACUACUUUGGAUUGUUCUAUUGGUCAUGAUAUCUGAGGUCAGGGACAUGGUUUCCUAUAUCUGCUCCAACUGGACCAAAGUAACCCUUAUCUGCCGCUACGUAAUUAACCAAACCUCUUCACAGCGUUCACUUUGCAUGAAAAAAUGGGUAAUGAGUCUUCUCCUAAGAUGUAGAUGCAAGCUGAUCAUGAAGCAGCACUGGAAUGAAGAAAUGAGCCAGUGCUCUGUUCUGGUACUUCACCACAGAACAACCUUACUAGCCUUUGUCAGGCGUCUCUUGCUCUUACCAGGCCAAAAAUGGAAGGUCAAGGUAACAGCAGCAGUGAAGGUUUGCAUCAUCAAUGCACUAAGGAGUGCCAUCAAUGGGGGCUUGAGCAGAGGAGUAGCAUCUCUGCACUGCAGCCAAGUUGGCGAAACCUUCCUCUGGGCUUGCGCCGGCAAAGGUAUAUCGGAUACUAUACUUGUAUGGCAUAUUGCCACAAUCAUCGUUCAGGUAAGACAUCGUUCAGGUGAAGCUUCUGAUUCAGAUCAUAAGACUGUCGCCACUCAGCUAUCACAGUACUGCGCGUACCUGGUGAACUGGUGUCCGGAGCUGCUCCCGGACAACAGUGCAUGGAACAAGGGCUUGUACAGGGCUGUAAAGAAGGACGCCGAGGGCGCCCUCCCUGGGUACUCUGUGACAGAACCAUCUACUCCGGAAGAUGAUGAGCGCGCUCUGGAUGAGUACUCUGUGGCAGCAGAGGCAGAGGCAUCCACAGCGGAAGACGAGCGUGCCGUAUCAGAGAAUCCUUUGGCAGAUCAGUCAACCAAGCGAGAGGAGGAUGGGUAUCAGAAGCUAGUCAGGUUGCUGAGCGAGCACUCAAAGCAUGAAGUGGUCAAGGAUGGUGUGAAGCUUGGAAAGCAGCUGGUGGAGACCAUGGAGGACCAGGAAACCAUGUGGAAGUUGCUAGCUGAGUUCUGGUCAGAGAUGAUCCUGUAUCUCGCUCCAUCAGACAACCUGAAAGGUCACUCAGAAGCCAUUGCCCGAGGAGGUGAGCUAAUCACACUGCUCUGGGCGUUGCUUUUCCAUGCCGGGAUUGUGAGCAGGCCGGGCGAGGACGAUGGCGCUGCUGCUACCUCUGCUGAUGUAGUAUAA